AUGGUAUCACCCGACUCGGGCGAAUCUGGUCCGCAAGGAGGGUCAAAUUUAAAACAAAGAAAAGUAAAAGGGCCUAGCUUGUACGAAAUUCUGGGUAUUACAAAGGAUGCGUCGGAUGAUGAUAUCAAACGCGCUUACAGGAAACUAGCCUUGAAAUAUCAUCCUGACAAAAAUUUGGAGAAUGAUCUGGAGAAAACUGAAUAUUUUAAAGAAAUCAAUCAUGCACACGCUGUGCUUUCGGUACCAACAAGACGUAAAGUAUAUGAUGAAUAUGGAGACAUGGGUCUGAAGUUGAUGGAACAGUUCGGUGACGAUGGUGCUAUGAUCGGUUUGGCUUUCAAGCCCUGGUUUAAGUGGUUAUUUAUCAUUUGUGGGCUUUCGACAUGUUGCUGUUUCUUUUUUUGUUGCGGUUGCAUGUUUUGUUGCAACUGUUGUUGCAAUUUCUGCUGUGGCAAAUAUAAACCAAAAAGAUUUGAAGAGGAAGGAGAUAUCGAAGAAAGUGAUGCAGAACAUGAAGCAAAUAGAAGUACCUUAGUGAUUGUUGAUCAGCCAGAAGAAUCGAAUAUGUUGCCGAAAAGUACGAAAGGCGAUGAAAAUCUAGGAAGUGCUGGAAGUUCAAAUGAAAAGUUGCGUGGUCACCCUGCAAUAUAUCCAGUCAGUCGCACAAGUGGUGAAGCUGAUCCUGAUAAUUGA